GUGGCCAACUUCCGCGACUUUGCCGGGCCGGAUCCUUCGGCUGUCUACCGCUGUGAGGGGGGGCACCUGAAGCAGGGCCUGCUCUACCGCACGGGUCACUGGGUCACUGCCACACCCGCUGAUCUUUGUCUUAUCCGAGAGCUCGAUGUUCGCACCUACUUGGACCUUCGCAAUGGGCAGGAGUUCGAGAGCGUGGAUGCGGAAUGCUUUGACGACUUUCCGCCCUCGCCCAACGGCCGUCACGAUGCCAGCGUGCCCAGAGAACCUGGUGAGCGACGCCGUGUGGGCUGCCCCUUUUCCAAGGGACUGGGCCCUCGGCCCCUCACGGGCAAGGAGGAGGUGGAUCCCGAAGACAAGAAAGCAGUUUGCGAGCUCUGGUUUCAGAAGCAGCUGCGCAGCGAGGCUUUCCACGAUGUCCAGGUUCAGUUGAAGACCAGCAUGCGGGCCAUGCUUAUCCUGAACUCCGACGAGGUUCUCAAGGCACUGGAAACUCUGACAGAUGAGCGGAACUACCCGGCGGCUUUUGGAUGCACCUCCGGGAAGGACCGGACAGGUCUGUUGGCGUGCUUGCUCCACAGCGUGCUCGGGGUGAAAGAGGAGGACAUUAUCGCCGACUAUAUGCUCACCAACGAGGCAUCGUACCACAUCAACGCCUGCAACCAAAUUGCAGUGGCCAUGUGGUUCGAGGAGCUACGGAUUUGUCACCCUCGGAAGUACAACGCGUUGGUGAAGAGGAAUCGCCUGCCGGCGAACGCUCAGCAGCUCUUGGAAGGCGACAUGGAGACUCCGCUGUGGGAGGACGUGAACGUGGUGUCCGACCCGGAGGCCAUCAAGAGGUCCAUGGUCCACCCGGACAUCUUGGAGUACAUCAUGAGGGAAGUCUUGGACAAGGAGUUUGGGGGAGCCUUGGGGUACCUCCAGUGGAUUGGCUUUGGCCUGGAGCAAAGGGAGCGCCUCCGCGAGAUCCUGGUGGAGUCCGAGUGAAGGCGCAGACCCUUCCCAUGCCGCAACACAAACAGCAUUGACAUGGCGGUGACCUCGCAUGUUUGGAGUUCCCCACGCACCAGCGAGCCUGUGUUCUGAACCGCCAGCCAGGUCAAACUGGCCAGGGAAACUCGUUGUCAGUACUUACACCGCCGGGAAAGCAGGCGGUCGUGCUCAC